AUGAAGAACCCUUUCAAGCGAAGUCCGGGCCCUGCAAUCGAGGUUGUACACGCCCCUGCGGAAAGCGAUGUGAGUGAGAAAGCGGAUAAUGCCGCUGGAGGUGUCGAUGUCUCCGAGGCGGCAGCGGACCUAGAAAAAAUUGCCCAUGCUCAUCAAUAUGACCCCAAUCUUCCGCAAGAAAAUAUUGAUGCCGUCAAGAAAGCUCUGCGCGAUGGAGACGCCGAAGAAAUACUCGAGGCCGAUGCGAUUUUUACUGAGAACUCGCCAUACGCAGAAGUGCGUGCCGCUGUCCGCAACACUGACGGUGGUGAAGUUGCCAACACAGUGCGUGCCUGGGUCCUCGGCAUGGUUUUUGUAACUCUUGGGAGUGGAAUCAACAUGUUUCUCUCCAUGAGAAGCCCAGCUAUUAGCUUCCCGUCAGUGGUGGUGCAGUUGCUCGUCUAUCCCAUCGGAUGUCUCUGGGCCAAGGUCUUGCCAACCAAGGUUUUCAAUACCUUCGGUGUCCGAUGGACACUCAACACAGGCCCGUUCACCAUUAAAGAGCACGUGGUCAUCACGCUGAUGGCGAACGUCUCCAUUGGAUAUGCCUAUAGCACCGACGCGCUGCUUGCGCUGCAAGGGAAACCCUUUUACGACAUCAAUCUUGGUUGGGGAUUCGCGCUGUUGUUCACGCUCAGCUCACAGCUGAUCGGCAUUUCCUUUGCCGGUAUGUUUAGGAGAUUUUUGAUUUGGCCAUCGGCUAUGAUGUGGCCAAGCAUUUUCUCGAACACGGCGUUGUUUUAUGCGCUGCACGAUAAGAGCAAACAUGACAAGGCACAAGCCAAUGGGUGGGAGAUCAGCAGAUAUAGAUACUUCUUCUACGUCCUCUGUGGAAUGUUCUGUUACUACUGGAUUCCAGGUGUAUUGUGGCAAGGAUUAUCUGUAUUUGCCUUCGUGACAUGGAUACGCCCCAACAAUGUGGUCCUAAACCAGAUUUUCGGAGGCUUUACUGGCCUAAGUCUGAUUCCAAUCACAUUCGAUUGGACAUAUGUCAACGCAUAUUUAGGCGAUCCCCUACUUGCCCCAGUCCACACUCACAUAAACACACUUAUUGGCCUAUUUGUGUUUGUGAUUUUGACAACUAUUGGCAUAACCUAUACUGGAUCGGUGUAUGCGGACUACCUGCCCAUGGUUACCUCUCAGACCUACGAUAACACCCAAAGCGCGUAUAAUGUCAGCCGAAUCCUCAAUGCAGACCAUACCUUCAAUCUGGACAAAUACAAGACUUAUUCGCCCCUCUUUCUCGCGCCUACGUUCGCACUCAACUACGGACUGUCGUUUGCUGCGUUGACAGCUGUACUUGUUCAUACAGGUCUCUUCCACGGGAAGGAAAUCUGGUACCGAUACAAGACAGCUCGUAACCAGGAGCCGGAUGUGCAUUUGAAGAUGAUGAAGAAAUACCCAGAAGCCCCCGACUGGUGGUAUGUUGUGUUGUUCAUAUUAACUACUGCGAUGGGCCUCGCAUGCUGUCUUGCAUAUGACUCGCAACUCCCUUGGUGGACAUAUUUCAUCUCCAUUAUUCUGGCACUGGUCUUUGUCAUUCCUACCUGCUCAGUCUUGGCUAUAUCGAACAUAGCCCUGGCGCUGAAUGUUCUGUCUCCGUUCCUGGCCGGUUUCAUGAUUCCUGGUCGGCCCAUUGGCGUGAUGAUAUUCAAGGUUUACUCCACCAUCGUACUUGGGCAAGCCCAGACCUACAGCUCUGACUUGAAGAUGGCGCACUACAUGAAGAUUCCUCCCAAGACGACUUUCUGGUGCCAGGUAGUAGCGAGUAUAUGGGCCGUAAUAGUCCAAAUUGCUACAAUGAAUUGGACUUUAGGGAAUAUUCCAAAUUGCUGCGCAGCCAACCAACCUGCUAAGUUUAGCUGCCCGAACGGCAAGACGUUCUUCUCCUCGUCUAUCGUUUGGGGUGUCAUCGGACCCCAGCGCAUGUUCGGCACAGGCUCCAUCUACUCUCACUUCAACUGGUUCUGGCUGAUCGGUGCGACCCUUCCCCUUAUUAUCUGGGUGUGCACCCGGAAGCUCCACCUGGGAUUCGCUCGGCACCUGAACGCGCCUGUGAUGCUCGGCGCCAUGGGGUGGCUGCCGCCCGCCACGCCGCUUAGCUUUUCGUCCUGGGGGCUAUUCGGCCUCCUGUUUAACCACGUUAUAAAGAAUCGCUACAGGGGUUGGUGGCACAAUUACAAUUUCGUUACGGCGGCUGGACUGGAUGCAGGUCUAAUCAUCAGUACAAUUGUUAUCUUCUUCGCCAUAACACUGCCAGGAGUAACAAUACCACAGUGGUGGGGUAACGUGGAUGUCUUCAAUACCCUGGAUGCAUCCUACGACGCCUGGCUCCAAACUGUUCCCGAUGGAGGGACUUUCGGUCCUGCGAGUUGGUAG